AUGGAGUUUAAGUCAUUCAACGGAAAUCGUUGGGAGAGCUUCACUCAGCACCGUAUGGAGACGGUGGCGAAGCUGAAAGAAUUGAGAACCUAUGCUAAUGUUAAAAGGAUAGAUGAGGAGAAGAUGCUGGCACAUGCGAUGUGCUUAUUGGAGAACUCGUACUCUCCGCAGAUUCUGACUAAUGCGAUGAUUGCAUGGGCUCCGGAGCUGAUGGAAGUGGGACUUUUGGAGUUGUACGUCUUGUCGAGAGUGGCAUUGAUUAUGGAGCCGGUGUACAGGGAUUCAGUAGCGCAGCAGAAGACUAGGGCGGAGCACAUCACGUUGGAGGAGAAAAAAGAUGCGCCAUUUAAGGUGAUCAGGGAGUUUAGAGAGAAUACCUUCAUGAGCUUGGUUGGAUGGCACCUAUUUGAGUUAAUUGGCAACCGUGCUCCGGAAGAAAAUGCAACGACAGCUUUGGACCCGUUUUACUUGAGCAGUUACAACAACAGCCGGGCAACGACAGCUGCAGUAGCAGCGGCAGCUGGAGGAGUGACCGCAAAUCCGCAAAGGGUGUUAGGCCAAAAGUUGUUUGACGCGUUGGUAGAAUAUGUGGUGGCUCAGAGGGAUACUGCUCAUGGUUCAAGUAAUUACAACCGUUAUGAGGGUAUCCGGGUACAGCUCUUGAUGAUGAGUAAGCAAAAUGAUGACGCAGGAAUUAAGGCGGACUAUAUGGUCCAAGUGGCAAAGUUUGGUACAAUAGGCCGGUUUGCCAUAGGGCUGUUGCAUGAAUUUCCGGAUUUGAUGAAAAUCGUCCGAAUUUCUCUGUACGAAUUGCAUGCAGCUAUGCCUGUGUUUUUACAACGCUUUUUGGGGACAGCACCUGAGAUUGCUGCAACGCGAAGGAUGCAGUAUCGCCAGGGAGGUCUGAGCUUUGUGGUAGGGCACUUUAAUGUGCAAGAAAAGGUUGCGGCAGCAAGGAAGCAUGCAACAAGGGCGGCACCGCCGAGGUUGGUGAGAGCCAAUGGCCCUGGUCACCAGAAUGGAGGUGUUAGGGAUAGAAUGGGAGCGCAGGUGGAUGGAGCAUCUACUGCCAUCUAG